AUGACUAACCCACGAUAUAAGAAGCUACGAAAACGACGCAGUGUCUUCGGCCUCUGGAUCCCAGCCAAAGUCGUUCCUUUUAGCAACCGAUUCGAUCCGUCCCCUACUGGCUCAGCAGUGUCAGACUCUCCUGCGUCCGAUCCCAUCAUUCACCCCCGCAGAAAUCGAGAUCGUCUGAAGGUCCGCUUGACUCAGAGUGGAUCAAAGAUCCUAUUCUUAUUUGGACUGGGAGGGUCUUCCAACGGCCAUGCCGGAUUUGGAUCCUGCGGAGAUAUUUCAAGCCCUGAAGGAGACCAGACUCCCUCAUCCGAAGUUGCGGAGAGAGGUAGCCCUAUUUCUUUGACUAGCGAUGGCUCCCCCGAAAGUGAAUCGCCCAUUGCCGCUCGUUCAAUCGAUGUCCACCCGCCAGCUACACCCGCUAUCGGCAACCCUGCUGAGAUUCUCGCAGACUGCCAUGUAUCCACCGUGGAGACUGGUAUAGGAAACGGCGAAUGCAGCUCGCAGAACCCCUUCGCCAACGAAAAUUCCGGUUGUUUCCCCAUUGGUAGCGGACAAGCAAGCACUCCAAGCUCCACGCUAGUUGACAGGGUUUCCCAACGACUCUCCCACCCAUUUGGCCACCCAACGGUCAUUCGUCGUGCCCACUUGAGAUCGAGACCAAGUAUUCCUUUCCAAGAGUUUGCAACAACGAGCAGCCCGGACAAGCAAGGCGAUGGCGCCGAUGACAGUUCAGACCCCUCCACGGCUCCGAUGACUUCUGAAGAGAAGUCCGCUUCAUCGGAAAAAUAUACUGUGACGUCGGGAGGACUGUAUUCGCCUGAUUGUGCUCCAGAUCUCAACACUAUCGCGGGAAGCAGAUCACCAAUAUUCGCACCAUCCAUCUUGACCGUUGAAUCUACCUCGGCGGCCAAGAUAUGUUUGGAGCUUUAUUUCAACUCUAUCUUUCAGAAUGCUGACCCAAGGGUGCACCGUCAGCAUGAACUAGAGCAGCACAUGUAUGCGUUUCAACUUUCCCCGAGGCCCAGGCUGAGACCAGAAAAAACUGGCUUCUCCAGGAGAACGGAUAUCUACGCCAAUGUCGAAACCUGA